CUGCGGGAGGAGGUGUCUCGGCUGCAGGAGGAAGUGCACCUGCUCCGGCAGAUGAAGGAGAUGCUGACAAAGGACCUGGAGGAAUCACAAGGGGGCAAGUCCUCCGAGGUGCUCUCCGCCACCGAGCUCAGGGUCCAGCUGGCCCAGAAGGAGCAGGAGCUAGCCAGAGCCAAAGAAGCUUUGCAGGCCAUGAAGGCCGACCGGAAGCGCUUGAAGGGCGAGAAGGCGGACCUGGUCAGCCAGAUGCAGCAGCUGUACGCCACGCUGGAGAGCCGGGAGGAGCAGCUGCGGGACUUCAUCCGCAACUACGAGCAGCAUCGCAAGGAGAGUGAGGACGCCGUCAAGGCCCUGGCCAAGGAGAAGGACCUACUGGAGCGGGAGAAGUGGGAGCUGCGGCGCCAAGCCAAAGAGGCCACGGACCAUGCCACAGCGCUGCGCUCCCAGCUGGACCUCAAGGACAACCGCAUGAAGGAGCUGGAGGCCGAGCUCGCCAUGGCCAAGCAGUCCCUGGCGACGCUGACCAAGGACGUGCCCAAGCGGCACUCGCUCGCCAUGCCAGGCGAGACGGUGCUCAACGGCAACCAGGAGUGGGUGGUGCAGGCAGACCUCCCGCUGACGGCGGCCAUCCGGCAGAGCCAGCAGACACUCUACCACUCGCACCCUCCCCACCCCGCCGACCGGCAAGCGGUCAGAGUGAGCCCCUGCCACUCCCGGCAGCCCUCUGUCAUCUCCGACGCGUCUGCCGCCGAAGGUGACCGGUCAUCCACACCGAGCGACAUCAACUCCCCAAGACACCGGACGCAUUCCCUCUGCAACGGAGACAGUCCCGGCCCAGUUCAGAAGAACCUGCACAACCCCAUUGUACAGUCACUAGAGGACCUUGAAGACCAAAAACGGAAAAAGAAGAAGGAGAAGAUGGGAUUCGGCUCCAUCUCCCGCGUCUUCGCCAGAGGGAAACAGCGGAAGUCCCUCGACCCCGGCCUCUUUGAUGACUCAGACAGCCAGUGCAGCCCCACACGGCAGAGCCUCAGCCUGUCGGAGGGCGAGGAGCAGAUGGACCGACUGCAGCACGUGGAGCUGGUCAGGACCACGCCCAUGUCCCACUGGAAGGCUGGCACCGUGCAGGCCUGGCUCGAGGUCAUCAUGGCCAUGCCCAUGUACGUCAAGGCCUGUGCCGAGAACGUGAAGAGCGGGAAGGUGCUGCUGAGCCUGAGUGAUGAAGACCUGGAACUGGGCCUGGGCGUCUGCAGCUCCCUGCACCGUCGCAAGCUCCGUCUGGCCAUCGAGGACUACCGAGAUGCCGAGACUGGCCGCAGCCUGUCCAAAGCGGCAGACCUGGACCAUCACUGGGUUGCCAAAGCCUGGCUGAACGACCUCGGCCUGUCCCAGUACUCCCAGGCCUUCCAGAACCACCUCGUGGACGGGCGGAUGCUGAACUCCCUGAUGAAGCGGGACCUGGAGAAGCACCUGAACGUGUCCAAAAAGUUCCACCAGGUCAGCAUCCUGUUGGGGAUCGAGCUGCUGUACCAAGUGAACUUCAGCAGGGAGGCUCUCCAGGAGCGCCGGGCCCGCUGUGAGACACAGAACAUUGAUCCUGUGGUCUGGACCAACCAGCGGGUGCUCAAGUGGGUGCGAGACAUCGAUCUGAAGGAGUAUGCAGACAACCUGACGAACAGUGGUGUUCAUGGAGCCGUGCUGGUGCUGGAGCCCACGUUCAACGCCGAGGCCAUGGCCACGGCCCUGGGCAUCCCCAGCGGGAAGCACAUCCUGCGGAGACACCUGGCAGAGGAGAUGAGUGCCAUCUUCCACCCUGCCAACUCGGCAGGCAUCCGGGAAGCUGAGCGCUUCAGAACACCCCCCGGGAGGGCCUCCAGCAUCCCCCGGACGGGGAAGGAGGAGAACUGCAGUGCCAUCAAGUACAAGGCAGGCCGGCUGCCCCUGGGGAAGAUAGGCAGGGGCUUCAGCAGCAAAGACCCCGAUUUCCACGAUGACUAUGGCUCUCUGCAAAAUGAAGAGUGUGGGGAGGAGGAGCGGCAGAGCAGGCCCGAGCAGUACUGCCUGGAAGCCUGCUCCAGCCUGGAGGUCACCAAUGUGUGAGCACCGACCUGCGGCCCGCCAGCACCAGCCCCCGGGCCCUAGAAGGAAGCAGGCCAGGUGGCCACUGUACAUAGAGACCUGGGUGCGAGCCCUUCCCUCCCGCCCUCACUCUGGCUGAGGCUGCUCCUCAGCUCCCAGGGCAGAAUCCCCUGUGAUUUCACACUGCAAGCACCCAGAGGAGACACAACGCCAGCCGGCCGGUCUUGGGUAGGCCGUGGACUUCCUGUCCCCAGGGCCCAGCCUCUCCUUGGUCCUUCUGUGCAGACUCGGCCUCCGAGCCACUGUCGGCCACUGAGCAGCCACUGUGGCCCCUGCUGCUUUCACUGAGUUGCCAAGAUGGGGACGGGCCCUUGUGUUCCCCCAAAACACCCAUCAGGAUGGGGCAGGGGCCUAUCCCACCAGACAGACCACAGCCGGUGUGGAAGGUGCUAGGAGCCAGCAGAGCCAGGCUGCCGGGCAUCGGGGGUGCCCUUGCAGCCGUGCGGAGGCAGGGGGUGCUGCCCU